UCCACUUUACAUGCUAGAGAGACAAUGGCCAAAACCCUAAAUAUCCUCAAUCUCUUCACCAUUCUCUCCCUUAUACUAUUCCUACAACAUUUCCAAACCUCCCUAUCUUUGGAGGAUGAGGAGAUCGAGGGCGACUACUACGUCCUCGACUCCAACCCCACUAGCACCAGCACGAGGCCAAGAACCAGCCGGUUCUUGACAUCCGCGUUGAAGAAGAUCAAGAAGGGCACGAGCUGCGACGCCAAGACGAACCCUUAUGUGUGCAAUGGGGUGGGGGCAAACAAGGGCACGAGCCUUCUCUACUGCUGCAAGAAGCACUGUCGCAACGUACUAGGCGACCGCAACAACUGCGGGGUGUGCGGCCACAAGUGCCGCUUCGGGGAGCGGUGUUGCGGCGGCGUUUGCACGAAUGUUUUGGGGAACAAUGCUAAUUGUGGGAAAUGUGGCAAAAAGUGUUCUCGUGGGGUCAAGUGUGAGUAUGGCUACUGUGGAUAUGCAUGA